AUGCAAUUGAUAUUCCUAUUCUUCAUGAUUGAGGUUUCUUUAGGUUGGAAUCCCAUUUUAUCAUCAAGAAUAAUAAAAUCAAUUGAUAAUGAAAAUAUUAUAACCUAAGAAGAUUAUUUAAUAAUAGCUGAGGGAAGCUUUUCUAUUGCUUACCAAGGUUUAUAAGGAUAUAGAGAGCUGUACAUAAUGUUUGAUGCUAAAACUAAUAAAAGUGAAAGUGAAAUGCUGAUAUUAGUGAAUGGAGUUAGAAGAAAUAUAAUUUAGGUAUAAGGAGAGUUUAUUGAAUUUCAUAUGAAAUUUUAACAUUAAGCUCCAGAUGUACUGAUUUAGAUGAUAAUUGAAAAAUAAACAAAAGUAGAAAUAAGGAACUUCAAUAUAUUUAUAUAAGAAUGCCCAAAAAAUUGUAAAUAUUGUCUAUAGGGGGAUUGCGAUCUUUAAUUAUUUGAGAAUUGUGACAAAUUGAGAUAUAAAGACUAAUGUGUAGAUGAAUGCCCUAAUGGAACUGUUGCUGAGUACAACUAAUGUAUUUAAGCAAGUAUUUAAUUUGUUAAGAAUUUAGGUUUGAUGGAAAUUGAAUAAGCAAAAUCUUUUUUGUAGGAAGGACUUUCAACAAUUUAGAAAUUUGGAGAGGAGAAAGUGGUAAAAUUAAAUUUUGAUCAUGAUUUUAAUGGAUUAAUAGAAAUAGUGUUUAAUUGUUAUAGUUAAUAAGAGAAAAAUAUUGAUCAAAUGAUAAAAAUAGAUUUUAAGAAAGGUUAAUCUCAAAUAAUGUAUCCUUUUUUAAAUACUUAUAUAAAUUUAUAAUCUUAUAAAUGGUGUUAACCUAAAUAAGAAUUAUAAUGUAUAUAAGUAAAGGGUUUAUUUGAGUUAAAUUUUAAUAAAUAACAAUAAGUUCAGAUUAAUAGUUAUUCAAGAAAAUUAGAAAAUAAAGGUUUUUGGGAAAUAGAAAGUCUUAAGAUAUAUAAUGAGAGAAAGAGAUUUUAUGAUUGUUAAAUUAAGAAUUGUAGUUAAUGUUUUUAUCAUAAUGAAUGUAAGAAAUGUGAAGAAUAAUACUAUUUAUACUAAAAUUAAUGUUUAAAGAAAUGUCCAGCUGACACAAUAAGAGAAGAAAAUAGAUGCAUCGAUUAUAAUGAGAAGCAAAAAAGUAAGAAGAAUAUAUAUAGUAGAUUUAAACUUCAUGAUUAAAUUAGAGUCCCCUUUUUAGGAUUUGUAGUAAAUUUUUGGUAAAAUCUCUUUUGACUUGAAAGAACGAAUAAGUUUUCGAUAUGAAAAUGAGACAACAUAUAUUGGUGGAGGUUUAUUAGAUUAAUGGCGUCGUACAACAUUUUCAAGAUAAAUAAAUUUGGGUAGACAUUAUGCUAUUAGAAUUAUGUUUAAUAUAUCAUUAGAAAAUUCAACAUUAGAUCAAGAUAGCUUUGUCUAUUCAAUAGAUGGAAGAUCUUUUAAUGUCUAUAAAAACAUAAGUUUUAUUGAUCAUACACUCAACCAUAAUAAAAACAUCCUAAACCUAAAUCUAGGAUGUAAAAUCUCGAGUAAUGGUAGAUGUGUUAUAUCUAACUAUUAUUUUAUGAUAAUGAAUGUAAUAGAAUUUUUAAAUAUAUCUAUAGUGUUCUCCACUUUGUUAAACUUGUACAGGUCCAUCUUCAUCUGAUUGUAAGAUUUAUCAAUCAAAUAUUCUAAAUUUUGAUUAUCAGACUUUUAAGUGUUUAGAUGGAUAUUUCUUGAGUGAAAAUGGUUGUCAAAGGUGUUCACAUGGUUGUUAAUUAUGUGAAUCAUUCAAUAAGUGUCUUAAAUGUUAAGAUACUAAAGAGGCACAAUUUAUUUGUUAAUCAAAUCUUUGACAAUGCCCU